UUGUCCACCACCCGCCAGGGUCAGCAUCCCAGGGAACAUCCACCCGUUAUCCAAGAGACACUGCCGGUCGUCCACAUGCGCCGGGUCAGCAUCCAGGAACCUCCACCCAUUCUCCACACUCGCCGGGUCAGCAUCCAAGAACCUUCAUCCAUCUUGCGCACUCGCCGGGCCAGCAUCCAAGAACCUUCAUCCAUCUUGCGCACUCGCCGGGCCAGCGUCCAAGAGCCAUCGCCCAUUGACAACAGUCUCUGGGGCAGUAUCAGAGAGGCACCGUCCCUCGGUAACAUUAGCCAAAAGAGUAUCCAAGAGACACCAUCCACUGUUAACAUUAGCCAAACGAGUAUCCAACAGACACCAUCCGUUAGCAGCGUUCACCAAGCCGGCCCCCAAGACACACCGCCAGUUCCCCCUCUCAACACCCUGACCGUUCUGCCAAGUGUCCAAACAAGUUCCCAAAUUCGCAGGUUCAGUAUCCCUAGGCCUUCGCUGAUCCCCCACGUCCCCCACACCAGUCAAACCAGUUUGGGAGACAACUUGACGAGCACCCAGAGUCAAAGUUUAAAGGUUCCAGGCAUCAAGUUCCCAAACCGCGCCAGCGUGGACGUCCCCCCUUCAAUUACCGACAGCCCUGAGGCCAGCGUGGAAAGCAUGGAAUCAAUUCUCUGGGUCUCCCAGGAGGCGUUCAAAGAAUCUUUGUACAACCUCCAAGUCAGCAAAAAUUCUCCAGAUAGCGACAUCCCGCUACACAGCUCCAUGGACACCAGCUCUGGCAGGUAUGCGGUCAGGGCUAAACGCAGACAUUCACAGCUGCCUGUGGGCACGCGGCUGCUGCACCAGGCCAAGAAGCUCAGCCGCCAGCUGAGCCUGGUGCUGAGCCUGGUGGGCGUGGUGAUCAUCGGUCUCAUCACUCUGGGCCAGCCCUGGGUCCACUUCCAGGUGCCACUGACACUCCCUGGGGGUCCUGCUGACCCCCCGCCCCAAACCAUCCCCAUCAACACCAUCUUCAUUGUGCGGUGUUCUGACGUCUCCUGCCUGCAUGAGCAAGACCACAAUGCUUACUUGCUGGACUCCGCCUGGGCCUUCUUCUUCAUUUCCAGCUUCACCAGCUUCUGCCUCUGCCUCAUACUCAUAGACAUCACCUUCUUCACCAAGUCCAACGUGCCCGUGCUGGACUUCUCCAACAUCGUCCUCAGCAACCUGACAGGCAUGGCGCUGAGAUCCUUCCGUUAGGGACACCAAGACGAGGCGAACCUUGCCGGGUGCCUGCCAUGACACCCAACCCACUCCUGCCAAACUCCAACCGCAUCCCCUUCCCAUCCCCACCUUCCGUCCCAAUUCAAAUCCUAUCUCUUACCCAGUGGGUCGGCAAACUGCGGCUCGCGAGCCACAUGGGGGCUCUUUGGCCCCUUGAGUGUG